CAGAAGGAGCAGAAGGAGCAGCAUCGCCAGCUGCUGUUCGUGCAGAAUCAGCAGUAGCAGCUGAAGUUUCUCUCGAGUCGAGUCAAAAGUCGCCUGCAGGAGUAGCGGCAACAGCCUGGGGUGCAGAGGUGUGGCAACGGAGAGAGGCAGCAGCUGUCGCACAGGUGGUUAGGCAGGAGGUCGAAAACGGCUGCUGCUGCUGCUGCUGCUGGAGGAACAGGAGAAGGGGGGAGAGUCUUAGCAGAGGGGGGCACGGCACUCGAUGGUGCCAUAGGAAGGUCAAACAGCUUGGCCCGUAGAGAGGAGCAACGCCAGCACUAGCAAGACCGCCAGCACUGCACCAGCUCCUCCAUCUGUGUACCACGUGAGCCCAGCCAGUCCAGCCAAGCGCACCCUCCGGCACAGCCAGUCAGCUCGCCUUCCUCCUCAGGACCGCCCACGAUUCUCCCCUUUCCUCCGGAGCUCCAGCUUCGGCUGCCGGACCGGAGCACCAGGUUCGACCCAAGACGGAACGGGAGCAAGGUUGGAAGAUUCGGGUUGGGAGCGGGAAAUAACGGGGCUCAACCAAACCCGUUGGAGGGUCAAAGUUGAAGGGACAAGGGAAGCUGUGUGGUCCAAGUGGUCCGGCCGAGAAUGGAGUGGGAGAGAGGGGGGGGUCAGCUUGCGAGCGUGAGCGAAAACAAUACGAAUCAGGCCAUUGUGAAUGAGAGAGACGUUAUUCACUAUGGAGCAAGAGACGGUGAGGCUCGGGAGGCAAUGCGGGGGAUGGCGGUGGUGCAGCUGGUGCUGGACUCGCUGCUUCUCUUGGUGUGUCUGUGAGUGGCGGAUGUGGUAUUGAGGAUGAGUGCGGAGGAGAGGGCAGAGGUGGAGGGACCUGGCGGCACUUAUGCAAGCGCAGGAGGACAGCAGCUGGAUGGGCAAGGGCAGCAUCUACGGCACGGGCAGCAGGAUAGUCAGCAGCAGCAGCAGCAGCAAGCAGCUGGAGGAGCAGCAGGAGGAGGAGAAGAGGAGGAGGAGGGGCAGGAAGAGGAGGAGCGGGCACCAUCAGCAGCACCACAACAGCAGCAGGAGGUGCCAGAGCAGGAGGUGCCAGAGCAUGAGGUGCAGGCACAUCACGAGGUGUAUGAGUACAUGGGCGUGCAGUCAGCCUCUCCGUUUUCACCAUCAGCCGCAGCAGCAGCAGCAAGCUGUGCGAGCCACCCUCUAAUCCCCCUGCCCAGCCACCCUCUGCCUUGCUCCAUGAUUUCGACCCGCAGCAGCUUGUUGCAGCAGCAUCUGAAACGCCCGAACUGGCC